UUUCAAAAAGUAGGGACUGGAGAUAACAUUUCCGGGAUUAAGAAUAGCAUCAAUUCCCUAGGCCUCGUCUUCAAUUUGGGUCUGGGCCCGUGUUUGAUUAACAAAAUAAAAUUGCAGAAUUACCCUCAAUUUUUGGCGGAUUUUGAACGCGCGCCUUUUAUUUGUGUUUACUUUUGAGUUGCAAAAAACACCGACAUGGCGAUGGCGGGCACUCACGCUCGGCAAUCUGCUUGGAUUCUUCGCCUGCUCUGUUUGUGGGCUUCUGCAGUUCUCGUAUUCGCUGAUGAACACUCCUUAUGUCUUACUCAAAAUGCCACACUGCAGCUAUCCCGUGGCUUGCCCGUGGGAAAUUCUCCUGGUUCCAAGCCUGGUGCUACUGUGAUUGUCGAAAGAGUUCAUAUACAUGGACUGUCAAGGUUUAGAAACUUGGGGAAAUUUGCACAUUCCAUUAAAGUGAAGGUGUUGCCACUGCCUACAAACUCAAAUGUUCGCCUGCCAAACAUAGAGGUUUGUUUCCAUAGGAAUGUGUCUCUUGUAGCUGGGAUGUGUCGACAUGGGCAGUGGGAGAAAGUUACCAAAGGUUCUUGGGCUCGAUCGAUGUCUCUUUUUGACCACAAGAUCUUAGAUGUAAGGACUGCUGGUUCCACACUGGAAAAUUUUGAGGUUUCUGUUGAAGAAGAAUUUUUUGUAUAUCGUAUUGUAUUAUUGACAUUGGGUAUUAUUCUGUUGAGCUUGGCAUCCUUUAUAAGCCAAUCUUUAGCAUUUUAUUAUAGCAGCGCAAUGGCAAUUGGGAUAAUUCUUGUCAUAUUGAUUAUUAUUUAUCAGGGAAUGAAACUUCUUCCAACCGGUCGCAAGAGUUCCCUUGCUAUAUUUUUAUAUUCAACUGCUGUUGGUUUUGGGACUUUUCUCCUCCGUUACAUUCCUGGCCUAGUUCGUUCUCUACUCACGGAGUUAGGAAUUGAUGAAGACAUGUAUAAUCCUUUGGCAAUAUUUCUGCUGACUUUUGUUGCAAUAGCUGGAGCCUGGUUGGGGUUCUGGGUGGUCCACAAGCUUGUCUUGACUGAAGAUGGAUCAGUGGACAUAAGCACUGCUCAAUUUGUUGCAUGGGCUGUAAGGAUUUUGGCUGCAGUUAUGAUUCUUCAGAGUUCUAUGGAUCCUCUGUUGGGAACAUUGGCAUUAUUAUGUGGAUCAUUUGUCUCCUUAUUGAAGAAAAUGCAUAGGUUGAGAUUCCUUCGUCAUUUACGCAGGCGUUUGUUUAAAUCUCCCAAGAAAAACAGGAGGAGAUCCCAGGUUCCUGAUUCAUCUCCUUUUGAUGAUUCUCGUGAUGAACUUAUGUACAAGAUGCAAAGUAAAGAGGACUCUCCACUUUUUCGGCCACAACUGAGAGGCCCUACCUUGUCCCCUUGCAAAUCUCCUGUGACAGGUUUCACUAGGACACCACCAAAAUCACAGGAGGCAUUAUACCCGUCCAUCAUACACAACACACCGGAGAGAAAAAGAUAUUCAGCUGCAGAAUGGGAUGCAUUCACAAAGAAGUCCACUGAAACAGCUUUGGAAGAACUUGUUGCAUCCCCUGAUUUUGGUAAAUGGCUGUCGACCAAUGCUGAUAGGAUAAGUGUAACCCCCAACUCUAGAACUGAUCAGCAGCGUGGGUGGAUGUUGUGGUCUUGAAGCACACCUUAACUUUCUUUGCAAAUUCAUGACUGCUUGAUCGAAGUAGGUGAGAAAAUCCCAUAGGGUUCUUGCCAGUUGGCCUAAAGAAGGUUCAAACAGAAGUGCAAUGUAGAUUAGAGAAUUUUUGUGAUAAGUAAUGUUUUCUAGGGUGUACUGUAGAUAUUCAUUCCCUGCGCCGGUGGUUCUCACUUCUCAGUUCUUGUCCACCGGGAAGGAUCGGGGAUUUAAUUUGUAUCCAAGCAUCCAACGCUGACAAGAGGUGGUUUAACCGGUCCAUGUCCAUGUCCAUGUAGUCUUAAUUUUUAAAUCAAUAAGAUGUUGAAAUCUCUAUAA